AUGUUCUGGGAGUUUGGUGAGACUCGAGACAGGGACAAGGCCAUCCUUCUCCUGAGGAAUGCACCCGUUCACGAGGCCACCACGCAAGGGAUCCCACUCCAGACGCACGCCGGCUCAAUCGCCCAACACCGUCUGCACCGUGACGAAAAGCAGGACGAGCACACAGACGAGCGAGAAAACGGGAAAACGGGAAAACGAGACGAGAGCAAAGUAGGCCAAAGUUUAAACGAGUCUGUCGCGAUCGCUGCACUCGCCUCGUUUCGGAACGAGUCAGACGUGACGCUGAACCCCGUUCGUGUCGUGCAAGGGCCGGUGGCCAAUCGCCUGAUGCAUCGAUCGGACUGGUCACCUCUGACGGAAUGA